UAACCUCACAGCACACCGGAGUCGAGCAAAAUGUCGACCUUCGAACCCGUCAUUGUCAUCGACGGCAAGGGCCACUUGCUCGGUCGCCUCGCCAGCACCGUCGCCAAGCAGCUCCUUAACGGCCAGAAGAUCGUUGUUGUGCGAUGCGAGGCCCUCAACAUCUCCGGCGAGUUCUUCCGCGCCAAGUUGAAGUACUCUGCUUUCCUGCGCAAGCAGACCCGUUACAACCCCACUCGCGGUGGUCCCUUCCACUUCCGCGCUCCCUCCAAGAUGUUCUGGCGAACCGUCCGUGGUAUGAUUCCUCACAAGACUCCCCGCGGUAAGGCCGCUAUGGAGCGCUUGAAGACCUUCGAGGGUGUUCCCGCUCCCUACGACAAGAAGAAGCGCGUCGUUGUUCCCCAGGCCCUGAGGGUACUGAGGCUCAAGCCCGGACGCAAGUACUGCACUGUCGGUCGUCUCGGUCACGAGUUCGGCUGGAAGUACCAGGACGUCGUUGCCCGUCUCGAGGAGCGCAGGAAGGUCAAGGGUGCCGCCUACUACGAGCGCAAGAAGGCUGUCCGACGGCAGUUGGCUGAGGCCAAGAAGACGGCCAACGUCGACUCCAAGGUCCAGCAAGAGCUCACAUCCCUCGGAUACUAGAAAUCGGCAGUCGAUGAACAGUGUCGGUUUCAGUUUCGGUGACGUGGUUCGGCGUGGAUUGCAUUGGGCUCAUGGGAUGUUUAUUUCCUCUACUAUACUCCGACCAUUCGAAAGGGUGUCCAGGCUAAAAGAGCACAUCAAUACCAGGGUGCUUACGUGUUCAUGGGUCUCUUCGCGGUCGGUCUGCUGUGUCUUCAGGUACUCUUCCGGCUAGAAGCAAUACGAAAUGAAAAAUCCCAGCUGAUGUAAAGCAUGGUGACGGCGUUGAGCGUUCAGCAAUAGACUUGUGGUUAUGUCAAUUGACUUACGAUUCCCCUUGAGUAAAACAUGCACGCUUCAAGUGACACAGUGUUUUGCAUAGCACUCGGACUCACCAUGCGCAUCCGAUCCGACACGCCCGAAAGGAUGGACAAGGUAGACAGCCUUACUGACG